UACAAGCAUAUGCAAAACUGAAUGAUAAAAGCAAGAGGUCAUUGCAAAAAGCGGAGAAACUUGAUGGUUUGGUUAAAAAAUGAGGGACUAUGAUGAUAUCACUGAUUUUCUGGGAACAUGGGGUCCAUUCCAGCUUACUGUUUUCUUUGCAUUAGCUAUAAGUAUCCUUCCAAAUGGUUUUGUGGGCCUCUACAUUGUUUUUGUGGGUGACACGCCAUCUCACGAGUGUCUGAUUCCUGAGGAGUACAACAUCAGUGACGUGUGGAGAGAAGCUGCCAUCCCAGUGGUGAUGCAAGAUGGGGUUUUAAAACGCAGUUCGUGCUCCAGAUACAAAAUGGAAACAGUGAGGAAUUUUUCCAUGCUUAACUACACCCCAAAUGUGGAGGUCAAUAUCAGCGAGAUUGAGGUUGAGUCCUGUGUGAAUGGCUGGAACUACAGUAAAGAGAUUUACGAGUCUACAACAGUGACAGAGUGGGACCUGAUAUGUGAGAAUGAGUACAAAGGGCCUCUGACCUCAUCAAUAUAUUUCUUUGGUGUGUUAGUGGGGACCUUCCUUUCAGGACAGAUGUCUGACAGGUAUGGCAGGAGGCCUGUACUUUUUGCCAUGAUGGCUAUGCAGACAGUAACUAUCCUUAUCCAGAUGUUUUCUCCAAGCUGGGAAAUCUUCACUGCCAUCUACUUCUUUGUGGGAUUCAGUGGUUUUUCUAAUUAUGUUGUAGCAUAUGUCCUAGGCUGUGAAAUUCUCAGUCCAGCCAGUCGGGUGUUUGGUUCUCUGGGAAUCUUCAUGGGGUCUGGAAUCGGUCUGAUGUUCUUUCCCUUAGCAGCUUAUUUCAUCCGUAGCUGGCGAUGGCUGGUGCUAACCAAUGCCCUCACUGGCCUCCUUUAUUUACCAUUGUGGUGGUUUAUUCCAGAGUCUCCUAGAUGGCUGCUCUCUCAGGGAAGAAUCGCAGAGGCUGAAGCCAUACUGAGACGUGCAGCUGAACAGAACAAGGUCACCGCACCUGAAGUCAUCUUCACUUCCUCUGAGAUUGAAGAAGCAGCAAAGAUGAGGGAGAAAAAACAUAAUAUUCUGGAUAUUUUAAGGAACUGUAAUGCUGUUUUAACCAUCACAGUAUGUUCAGUUCUGUGGAUGGUCAUCACCAUGUCUUACUAUGCUCUCAUUCUGAACACCACAAACCUUCAUGGCAAUCCGUACCUGAAUUUCUUCCUGUCUGCAGUGGUGGAGAUCCCAGCUUUCAUUAUAGCCAUGCUGUUGCUCAGAUACUGCAGCAGGAGAUUCUGUCAGUCCUCCACUCUUCUCAUGGGUGGAGCUAUGAUUUUUAUCAUACAGCUCAUUCCCAAAGACCUGAUGGAGUUGGCAACCUUACUGGAGAUGCUGGGAAAACUUGGUGUCACAGCUGCAUUCUGUGUAGUUUAUGCAGUGACUUCAGAACUGUUUCCUACCGUGGUGAGAAACAUGGCCAUGGGAACAUGCUCCAUGACCGCUCGCAUAGGCAGUAUAGUUUCUCCCUUCAUCAUAUACUUGGGUAACUACUAUAAAUACAUUCCUUAUAUUGUCAUUGGAAGCCUGGCAGUGUUUGCUGGCUUAAUUACGUUACUGUUGCCUGAAACUAAAGGAAAAGUUCUUCCUGAGACCAUUGUGCAGAUGCAGCAAAUAAAAGGACUGAGGAGCUCCAAAAAACAGGAUGCAAUGAUGUGGACAGCAGACAAAAGUAAAGUCUUCAAAGAAGUGAAACUUUAACAACUGGACAGUGAAAUAAAAACAAUCUUGUCCUGUUAAUUGAACGAGUGACCCUAACCCUAAAUGAAUUACACUGUUGAGCUGGCUUCACAACAUAAAUUUGUCUUGGUUUUCUGACUUUUAUAGGCAGAUCAUGUAUGUGAGACAAAUCCACCACACGAGGAGCUUUAUUGCCUUUGAUGUGUUAUCAUAAUGUCUGCAAUAAAACAUGUCACGGUACAUGGCAAA